UGUCCCCAUUUUAUGCCUGAGUCCUUCAGAGACGCUGAGGAUGACUGCCACCUUGAGGACACCUCUGAAACAUCUGAUGCUCCUGAUCGCCAUCAUCUGGCUGUCACCGGUCAGGAGCUGGAUAGUCCCACAGCCGAGAGAAAACAUAUGGGUCACGCUGGCGAAGUCCUUGCAGCAGGACAACUUCUGUAUGGCCAUGGGAAGUGUGGACAAUCCGUUAUCCACGUGCCUGGUAAGAGUUCCCCUGUCGCCAAACGACUAUCCAUAUGCAGGAAAAAAACCUAAUCCUGUGGACGCCUGGGAUGAGUGGACGAGGAUUCUGCCACAUGCACCAGAGGAGCCCCAAGAAUUGGACCUACUGGGCUCCUCUCAGGCAACAUAUUGUGUCAGGUUUAGGUACCAGCCCUCCCAGAAAGACUGGGAUCAAAUGGCUAAACUCCGCCCUGCUGGUACCCAAGAAGUAAAAGGACACGAUGUAUCUCCCCACGAUCGGAGAUACCAUGCAGCAAAUUGGUGCAAUUACACCUGGACCAUGGUAUCUAGGUCCUCCUCAGUUCCCAGGGUGCUCCCCAGGAGGGUUUUUCUCAUCUGCAGAGACAGGGUGUGGGCAGGGAUUCCCUCCCAAAUCCAGGGAGGCCCCUGCAGCCUUGGCCAGUUUACCACACUGACACCGAACAAAACCCAAAUUUUAAAUUGGAAAAACGAAAAUAAAUUGGCUCGCAAAAAGAGAUUCUAUAACCAAUUCGACGAAAAUUGUGAUUCAAAAAUUUACAACUGGGGAAAUACGAAGAGAGUCGCAGUAUCCAUAUUUUUACCGUGGUAUGCCGCAGCAAAGGCCCUCGGUGAGCUUUCUCACCUCGACUGUUGGCUCAGUAAGCAGGCCAACGCCACGUCCGCUGCCCUUUCCAACCUGCUAGCGGACAAAGAAGUCACCAGGCACGCCACACUGCAAAAUAGGGCUGCUAUUGAUUUCUUACUGCUCGCCCAUGGCCACGGCUGUGAGGACUUCGAAGGAAUAUGCUGCUUCAAUCUGGCAUCAAAGAGCACAUCCAUCCAAGCUAAUAUCCAGCGGAUCCGAGAGCAAGUUGACGACAUCAAGACUGAGACCUCAACUGUAGACCCUGUGAAUAAACUGCUAUCUCAAUGGGGUGUCCCAGGGUGGGUUGCUAUCAUCGUCAGGGGACUCUUUUGGAUCUUUCUGAUAAUGUUCAUUAUCUUGCUUGCUUUAUUUUUGUUGAGACGUAUGUUGCUUAAAACAUUGGGAAGUGCUUAUUUAAUAAAUAAAAACGGGGGAGAUGUAGGAGGAGGGGUUGGGGAAGGCAGUCUAGGGUUGCCAUGGGAAACAGCAGUUGUAUGAGUUCUCCACCCCCUUUGUAAGAGAAUUGUAUCCUCCCCCUGUCCUGUCAGUUAUUGUUCAAGUCUGCCCCUUAGCCUAGAAUCUUCUCUGUUCCACAUUUUCCCUUUGGUUCUUCCACCAAGAACACUCCUUUCCCUUUUCCCCACUGGUUAAUGUUAUAUUUACCCUCCCUUUAGCCUUUUCCCAAUUGUACCCUCGAAUGCUAAACCCUCCUACCCUUACGCAGUUAAAAGAAUCCUCACCCCACCCCUUGGUGCUCUCGGAAUCUGCCUCCCUUCUGCUUCGUUGUCUCCCUGUCUGCCCCUUCUGCGACCCUUCAAUAAACGAGCAGGAUUUCAGCA